ACAACGUGGCGAGAAACAUCAUGGCGCAUUAUAUUCAAACAAAGGCGUUUAACUAUAACGAGGGAUGAUAUUUAUAUAAUUGACAAGCCGUAUAUGUACUGCGUUGUCGUAUGGAGAGUGUGGUAUGAAUCAUUUACUCCAUCUUACCUUGCGGAUGUGUAACUGUACAGUUUUCCCAAAGCCAAAAGAGCUACAAAGUUAUGUGUUAUAUAAAUUUUAGUAAUCUGUAUAUAUAAGUUUUUUGGAGGAAGAUCGGUAUUCAUCGUGAGUGCUUGAUUUUUGGAUCUUUAUCAAGCUAGUGCACGCAUGUGUCACUAUAUAAAUAUGUUCGCUUGAGGGGCUGGUGGUGGUUUUUUGCCUUUUGCAUUGCCAACCAAUCGCUGCCCCUCUGCGAGAAUUAAGCGGUUGUAAACAAGGCAUGUUCACAUGAUGGGAAAACAAGCGGUAUCAAGCUUGACGGAAAAUGGGUUAAAUGACACCUUACGACAUGAAUAUCAUUUGCGCCAUGGCAAUAUAUCAAACAGAGGUGGCCUAGUCGGGGGUAACCAUACAACUGGCACCGCAGAAACGGCAUCAGAUUCAUCAACUGUAGAUUAUUAUGUUUCUACAUCGGGUAACGAAUAUCCUGGAGAAUUACAAGCAAUUAGUUUUAUCGAAGGGCAAACUAUUACCGAUGAUGAUUUCAAGCUGCCAACUAAGGACUCUUGGUCAAAUAUCCGUAAACAUGUGAUGGACGACCAUUCUCAAUACAGUGUAAACCCGCGGGAUAUGGCAUCUUUGUCCGCAGUCAGUUACGCCCAAAUGACGAAUAGACUGUCGGUAAAUGACUCAACAUUCGGCAUGCCAUUGCCAAGCCAACUAUACCCUCACGCUAUUACGAUCGACACUCCAAGUGGAACGCGUAGUGUGCUACCCAAACUCAAUCCGUUGAAAAUACUUUCGAAGGAAGGUAGUCAAAGAAUAAUCGGGGCUGCAUCACAUAACAUAGAUUACAACUUCGACAAUCUAAGGCAUAUCAAUACGUUCUUCAUGGCCGAUGAAGCACGGUUGCCUGUAUAUAUCGCUGCAUUUAGUUCUGGGUUUUUCUCAGUGCUUAUAUGCCUUUGUGCUAUUUUGUACACAAGGUACAUUUUUAUGAGAGUGCGCAAGAUGAAGAGCGAUAAGCGGAAGCGCCUAGACGAUGGUUCCAGUGUCCCGCUGCUAGAUGAAAAGGAUAUCGAACAGCGGUACAAAAAUCAAUCCUUAGCUGAAAUCAGAGCUAUGAACCCAAGCCUGGCGCGCAUAGAAGACUACAUUAGAGGCGAAGUGAAGAAAUGGGAAGAACGUGCUCGACUGGCGGAAGAAUCUGCAGCGCCAGCAGAUGAAUUCCAAAAUCUUAUGAGAGAUUUAACUAUGGACUCUCAAAAGGGAAAACCAUCGGAUUCCAACGCAGCGUUGGAUGCUAUUUUCAAACCAAGUUAUCCAUUGGAUGAAAUGCCAGAUUCGGAAUCAGAUUCUGAAGAUAAUGGUAGUGAAGAAGAGGAUGAUGAAUACGACGACGACAGCUCUGACGACGAAGAUUCUGAGUACUCUUCUGAUUCGGACGACGAAAAUGUCGCCCUACUACGAUAAAUGUCACAAAAAUAAUGUAGUUUUAACCUUUU